AUGCAUGCACAAGAAGGCCUAGAUGCACAUAAUAAUAUAUGCAGUCAGAAAUGCAGCAAGAAAACAAAUGAUUUAGAUAAGAAUGUGAGCACAGAUGACCGAGGCAACUAUGAAGGCAGUUUUAAUAAUGUAGACAGUGUUAUAACCAUAGACAAUCCAGCCACUGUUGAAGUUCAAGGCCGCCAAGGGGAUGUAGAAGAGUGUGCGAGCAGUCUAUACGAGCAGGUGUUUAGCAAACUAGACACAGAGGAAAGAGCAGGCAGACUUGUUUGCUUUAUAGAGAAGGCCAAGUAUUUCUACAAGCACUUUGUUAUUCCAGCAGACUUUAUCUUCUCUCUUAUAUACUGUCUCUUUAUGACUAUUGCACUAAUAAGAUUUAUAGCACGGCAUGGUGGUGUUUCAGCCAUUUAUCUGUUCAUGCCCAGAUAUAUGAACUAUGCAGUGGUAUGCAUAGUGUCUGCUGGCAUUGCAUUAUAUGUAUACAGUCUGUUCCAAUACAGCACUCACAUGGGAAUAAACAGCAAGCAGGCACUGCGCAGUUAUAAAAAAAGAAUUGAGGUAUACUUCUACAUCCUUGUAGUGCAUUUACUACUUUAUGUCAUGGCAAGUAUAUUUUUGUCUACUUUUAUUUGCGUGCAUGUCUUCUCUGCUGCCUUUAUUAUGCUAAAGUUCUUUUUUCUUUUACUGGGAGUAGGAGACUACUGGUUUGCGCCAUACCCACAGCAACCAAGAGUACCCUUUUUCAAUCCCUUUACAACUGUCCGGGGCAUACUCUAUUUUGCUGCGUAUUAUACGCACAACAUUGUUCUGUGCAUUGUGAGCGGGUUGAUUCUGUGCAAAGUGGAAACAAUAAUCGGCGAUGAUAGCUUCUGUCUUUGCUAUUGCAUAUAA